AUGCUCCCCCUGAGGCGGCGGCAGCGGCGGAGGCUGCGCUGGGGGCUCGGGGUCCCGGGCGCCGCCGUCCUGCUCGCCUGUGUGGCGGCCUGCGCCCUGGCGGAGCGGGCGUCCGCGGGCCGCGCGUCGGCGCUGAGCGCGCACUUCGGCACCAAGAGCCGCUACGAGGAUGUGGCGAGGCCGCGGCCGGGGCCGGGUCCCGCGGGGCCGUGCGCGCCGCUGCAGCUCGUGGCCCUGGUGCGCCACGGCACCCGCUACCCCACGGCCAAGCAGGUGGGCCGCCUGCGGGCGCUGCACGGGCUGCUGCUGCGCGCCGGGCCGCCGGGGCCGGGCCUGGCGGGCGCGCUGGCGCGCUGGCCGCUGGCCUACGAGGACUGGAUGGACGGGCAGCUGGUGGACAAGGGCCGGCGCGACAUGCGCCGGCUGGCCGCCCGCCUGGCCGCGCGCUUCCCGCUGCUGCUGGGCCGCGCGGGCCUGGCCCGCGUGCGCCUCGUGUCCAGCUCCAAGCCGCGCUGCGUGGACAGCGCCGUGGCCUUCGCGCGGGGCCUCUGGGCGCACCUGCACCCGGGCCUCCCGGAGCCCGAGCCGGCAGAUAUGGAGUUUGGGCCACCUGAGAUAAAUGAUAAACUUAUGAGGUUUUUUGAUCAUUGUGAAAAGUUCCUAACUGAGGUUGAAAAGAAUGAUUCAGCUCUUUAUCAGGUAGAAGCCUUCAAAAAUGGACCAGAAAUGCAGAAAAUUAUUAAAAAAGUUGCAGCUAUUUUGCAGGUGCCACCAAGUGAUUUAAAUGCAGAUUUAAUCCAAGUUGCCUUUUUUUCCUGCUCAUUUGACUUGGCUAUUAGAGACAUUCAGUCCCCUUGGUGCGAUGUCUUUGACACAGAGGAUGCUCAGGUGCUGGAAUACCUGAAUGACCUGAAGCAGUAUUGGAAAAGGGGGCACGGCUACGCGAUCAACAGUCGCUCCAGCUGCAGCCUGUUCCAGGACAUAUUUCAUCAUUUGGACGAAGCUGUUGAACAGAGACAAAGGUCUCAGCCCAUCUCUUCUCCAGUCAUCUUCCAUUUUGGACACGCAGAGACGCUGCUGCCGCUGCUUUCUCUCAUGGGCUAUUUUAAGGACAAAGAACCCCUCACUGCCUACAAUUACAAGGAGCAAAUGAACCGUCAGUUCCGGAGUGGCCACAUCGUACCCUAUGCGUCCAAUCUCAUCUUUGUGCUUUACCAUUGUGAGCACGCUGAGACUCCCGCCAGAGCGUACCAGGUGCAGCUGCUGCUGAAUGAAGAGCCGCUGCCUUUUGUUCACUCGCCAGAAACCGUCGCCGUGUAUCAGGAGCUGAAGGACCACUAUAAGGAUGUCUUGCAGAGCUGCCACUCGGACCGAGAGUGUGUCUUGCCAAAUAUCAACAUCACAUCUGAUGAGCUCUGAGUGACUGUUGUGGUUCUAGAGGGAAGGAUUCCAUGUUGGCAUGAUAGGGUCGCUGGGCACUACCCUAGUGACAAAAAGCCCGAGUAUUUCCGACUUCACAGAGAAUUUCGUUAUGGACCUGGAGAGAGAGCGAGAGAGAGAGAGAGAGAGAGAGACAGAGAGAGAGAGAGAG